UUUCUGUCUUGCUCUCUGUGACAUUUGAGCGGCUUUCGGCGGUGGUGGUUUUUCAGUGGAAAAUUGCGUACAUGACAAAGCCUUAAAAUGGAAGUUCCCUCUGAAAUUAAAGCUGAAGCUAAUUCUUUAGUGCAUCAAUUCCUCCUAAAUGUAGAUAAAGGAUUGGCACAAAACUUUGCCAAGCUGACAAAAGCGAAACCACGUGCCAAAACUCUGCCUACACUCACCGAUUUAAUUGCAGAGAAUAAAAAACAGAAACCUUCCAAAAAGGCUGCAGAAAGUUCUGACGAUUCCAGUGAUGAAGACGAGCCUCCAAAGAAAGUCCCACAGAUCAAUGGCAAAGCACCUGCUGCAAACAAGAAACAACAGUCAUCAGAUUCUGAUAGCUCAGAAGAUGAAAAACCAGCCCCAGCAAAGCCUAAGCCAGCUGUAACACCAGCCAAAAAAGCAGCAGAUUCAUCAGACAGUGACAGUAGUGACGAUAAUGCCACGUCAAAACCCAGUAAGCCACCAGUGAAACCUCAAUUAAACAAUACACCAGCCAAAGCAGCUGCUAAGACUCCUGCCAAGAAACCAGAAUCAUCCGAUAGUGACAGCAGUGAUGAAGACACACCAGCACAAAAGAAGCCAGCACCCAAAACACCUGUUGCUGCCAAAGCUCCAGUAAAGAAGCAGGAUUCAUCUGACAGUAGCAGUGAAGAUGAAAAACCUAAGGCACAAGCAAAGACACCCGCCAAGACACCUGCUAAAACACCUGUAGCCAAAGCCCCAGCUAAAAAGCAAGAUUCAUCAUCUGAUAGUAGUGACAGUGAAGAUGAAAAACCCAAGCCACAAGCAAAAACACCUGCUAAAACUCCUGUAGCUAAGGCCCCAGCUAAAAAACAGGAGUCAUCUGAUGACAGUGACAGCAGUGAAGAUGAAAAACCGAAGCCUCAAGCCAAGACACCUGCAAAAACACCUGUAGCUAAGGCUCCACCUAAGAAACAGGAAUCAUCUGAUGACAGCGAUAGCAGUGAUGAUGACAAACCUGCUCCAAAACCUGCCGCCAAACCACAGGCUACACCAGCCAAAACUCCAUCCAAGGCUCCAGUUAAAAAGCAAGAAUCGUCAGACGACAGUGACAGCAGUGAUGAUGAUAAGCCUAAAAAACCAGUACAAAAACCUCAGCCUGCUAAGCCUGCAGCUAAAGCACCUGCAAAGAAGGACUCAUCUGAUGAUAGUGAUGACAGCAGUGAAGACGAAAAGCCUAAGCCUGCUCAGAAGACCCCCGCAAAGGCACAACCUGCGGCUAAACCAGUUGCUAAAAAAGCAUCUUCUUCUGAAGACAGUGAAGAGGACAGUGAAGAUGAGAAACCUAAGAAGCCAAUUCAAAAGCCCCAACCGACCCCAGCUAAGUUAGCUAAUAAACCACCAGUCAAGAAGGACUCUUCUGAUGAUAGUGAUGAUAGCAGUGAGGAUGAAAAGCCUAAGCCUGCCCAAAAGACUCCUGCUAAGCCUGCUGCUAAACCAGCUGCAAAGAAAGAUUCUUCUUCAGAUGAUGACAGCAGUGAGGAUGAAAAACCGAAGCAAGCUGUGAAGUCUACCCCAGCUAAAGCUGCACCAGCUAAAAAAGCUGAUUCCUCUGAUGAUGACAGCAGCGAUGAUGAGCCUAAACCAGCUCCUGCUAAGAAACCAGCUGCUAAGAAAGAAUCUUCAGAUGAUAGCGAUGACAGUGAUGAUGAACCUCCUGCAAAAGUAUCUAAAAAAAAUGAUGACAUUCAAACAAAUGGUUUCCAAUCUGGAAGGAAGAGGAAAGCAUCCAAUGAAGAUUUGGGACCAGCUAAAAAGCCAUACAGCAAUUUUGUAAAGGAGGGCGAAACUCAGGACGGCGACGGAGAGAACGAAGAAGGAGACGACAACCAAGGGGGUUGGCAAAACCGCGGUCGGGGCGGCUUCCGCGGCGGCCGCGGGAACGACAGGGGAGGCCGGGGGGGCUUCAACGACAGAGGAAGGGGCAGAGGCGGGUUCAACGAUAGAGGCAGGGGCGGAUUCAGGGGCAGGGGUGGAUUUAACGACAGGGGGGGACGCGGGGGUAGAGGCGGUCGCGGGGGCUUCGACCGGGGCGGGUUCGGAGGCGGCCGAGGCGGCGACCGCGGAGGACGAGGCGGCAACCGCGGCGGCCGCGGGGACCGUCACUCCUGGGGAGGCGAUAAGGGUGGAUUUAACAAAGGAGGGUUCAAUGACAGAAAAAGCUUCGAUGGCGGAGAUAAUUCUCAAAACAAGAAAAUAGUAUUCGACUAAAUGGUUUGGAGCCCGCGGUUCAUGGGGAGAGCGUGCGAACCUCGACUUGAAACAUACGCGAGGCAAGUCAUUCAAACAUGAAAAAACGAAGAAAAAGCGGGGCUCUUACCGCGGGGGUGCCAUUGACACUGGCGUCCAUUCCAUUAAGUUUGAGGACUAAUCCAAUAGUAUCACUAUCUUCUAUAUUUUUUUAUCUAUAUUUUGACUCCUGUUUCAAUAACAGUUUACAUACCGUAUUGCUGCUGCAUUUACUAUGACUUGAUCGUAAGUUUUGAGACGAUAAAUUUCCGUCUCAGUUUCAGCUAGUUAUAAUUUUGUAGUUAUUUAAAUUGGUUUCUUAGGUAUUUAUUUACCUAAACACUUAACUUUGCCUUUUGGUAAAUAUUUGUCGAGCUUUCGCAUUUGAUAGCUCGGAACUUAAAUAUUAUUAGAGUUUAUUAAUGUAACUAAUGACUUAUUCAAUGUGAAAUGUUUCUUUCAUUAUUAUAAAAUAUGCAUUUUGAAAAUGAUGAAAAUAUACAACUUACAUUAUUGUUAACCACAAACCUAAAUGCACAGACUUGAUAAAAGUCUAGAUAAAAUAUUAUGUUAGUUUCAGCUGGAUAAUUCCAUGCUUAGGGUGACGAAAAUUUAAGUUUUAUUUUUUUAUCUGCUAUCUUGCGUUUAUGAAUGAGAGACAUGACUACGUGUCCAAUAGAGUAAUACAUUUACGCUCGACUAAUUAAGAUUAAAAUAUAUCUGUGUAUUAAUUUUAAUUACUAUGUAAAUAUUUGAUAUUGAGUAAGUGUUGAUUUUAUAUUUGUACAUAAGUAAUUUAGGAAUACGAAAUUUGAAUAAGGAUGAGUUUUAGUAUAAUAAGCCCGCCUUUAAUUUAAAAAAAAAUCUGCA